UCAUUCCAAUUAUGGAUCUGAUCAACUCUAAUGAUUACCUGCUCAAUGUCUCUACUUUAAUAAGAAACAGCAUUCACAUUCCAACACCUGCCUCAAAAGUGAUUGUUGCACUUCUUUUGUUCACGUCAUUUAUAAUUGGCACUAUCACCAACGGUUUCUACCUAUGGGUGCUAAAAUUCAAAAUGAAAAAGACUGUUAAUACUCUCUUAUAUUUUCAUCUCAUUCUCUCUUAUUUUAUUUCAACAUUAUUUUUGCCAUUUCUGGCCAUCUCCUACCUUCAGGAAAAUCACUGGAGCUUUGGAAUGGCCACAUGCAAGGUCUUCAAUAGCAUUUUGUCUGCAGGGAUGUUUGCCUCUGUUUUCUUCCUCUCAGCCAUCAGCAUUGAUCGUUAUCUUCUCGCUCUUCAACCGGUGUGGUCACAGCUGCACCGAACCCCACGCUGGGUUUCCGGCAUCAUCUUGGGAGUCUGGAUAUUUGCCACUGCCCUCAGCAUGCCCUAUGUGGUUUUCAGGGAGGUACAUGAUGACCAUAACGGAAGAGUGACCUGCCAGAAUAACUAUGCUGUGUCUACUAACUGGGAAGGCAAAAAGAUGCAAACAUUAAGAAAAUGGAUUCAUGUAGCCUGUUUCAGCAGCCGCUUCUUGCUGGGCUUCCUUCUGCCUUUCCUCAUCAUCACCUUUUGUUAUGAAAGAGUAGCCAAAAAGAUGAAAGAGAGGAGCCUCUUCAAAUCCAACAAGCCCUUCAAAGUCAUGAUGACUGCCGUUAUCUCUUUCUUUGUGUGUUGGAUGCCCUACCAUGUAUACCAAGGUUUAAUUCUCACUAAGAACAGAUCACUACUUUUCCAGUUGACUCUGAUACUCACAGUGAUAACUACUUCUUUCAAUACUGUCUUUUCUCCCACACUCUACCUAUUUACUGGGGAGAACUUCAGAAAGGUUUUCAAGAAGUCUGUUCUUGCUCUUUUUGAGUCAACAUUCAAUGAAGAUUCUUCGGAAGAAAGGACACAAAACCUAAAUUCAGAAGCCAAUAUUUAAAUUCUGGAUCCCAGAGAAAAGAAUGGAUUCUUAGUCAAUGAUAUCACCAGAGACAGACCCUCAACUCUUGUAUAAUAUAGUCCCUAUAUUAGAGAGACACCUGGGCUGUAUUAUAGUUAGAUCUAUGAAUAUUAUAAGGGCUGUAAAAUGUGAUGGGUGAUGUUGCAAAUGUGAUUUUUUUUUUUUACUUUCAUUGUGGUAAAAUAUAUAUAACAUAUAACACCAUUUUUCAUCGUACAUUUUAGUGGCAUGACCUAAAUUCACAAUAUUUUGCAACCAUCACCACUAUCCAUUUCCAAAAUUUUUUAUCACCCAAAAGAGAAACUCUACGCAUUAAGCAAUAACUCCUCUUUCACGCCCCUACCCCCCGCCCCUUCCCCUAG